UUAUUAACUUUGCUAUGGAAGUCACGAUCAAAAAUAGGAAGGGAAAGGACUUAGCUACUCUGAAUGUUAACAGCAACAUGACUGUCAAAGAUCUGAAGAACUUAUACCUCAAGGAAGCUAAAGGAAAGAAAGUAUCUUUCAAUAGACAAUACUAUACUCUUAAUGAGAUCAAAGGCAAAGCUCUCAAUGACGAUACCAAGAAGCUUAGCUCUUAUGAUAUCAAAAGCGGAGACACACUGUAUCUGAAAGACUUAGGACUUCAGAUUUCAUGGAAGCUUGUGUUCCUCGUUGAAUACUUUGGCCCUAUUGGAAUCUUCUUGAUUUUCUACUACUUCAGGAACUUGAUCUAUGGGCAAGGAUCCGCUAAUGUUCCACUCUCUUUUACUCAAAAGGCAGGAUUCUUCAUGGUGCUUGGACACUACAUAAAGAGAGAAUUAGAGACUUUAUUUAUUCAUAGAUUUAGCAGCUCUACGAUGCCAUUCAAGAACCUGUUUAUCAACUGUACUCAUUACUGGUUUACCUUUGCUUUGUUGGUUGGAUAUUUCUUGUUCCACCCAAAAUACACUGAGCCAACCUACAUUCCAAUGAACUUGAAGUACAUCUUGAUCGGUCUUUUCGCAUUCUUCCAGUUGAUGAACUUCUUGUGCCACAAUGAGCUCAAGAACCUCAGGAAACCAGGAACCACUGAGAGAGGUAUCCCUAAAGGAUUUGGGUUUGGACUUGUGUCCUGUGCCAAUUAUUUCUGGGAAACUCUAGUCUGGCUGUCAUACUCAGUCCUCACAGGAACAGCUACAAGCUAUCUCUUCUUAGUCUUUUCCUUCUACCAGAUGUCAGAAUGGGCACUUAAGAAGCACAGAAGAUACAAGAAGGAGUUCAAGGAUUAUCCUAAGGAGAGAACCGCUAUCCUCCCUUUCCUUCUAUAAAGCUGGAUAUUGAAUUCAACCUCCAUUCUUCUUAA